AGCUAAGGGCUGUGUCCAGGCACUCCACAUUGCGUUGUGUAUAUGAACAGCCCUUAGCUGUGGUAUAUUGGCAAUAUACCACACUUCCCCCAGGCCUUAUUGCCCAGUGCUUGAACUGAAAUAAGUGCUGAUACUGAUUUUGGGUAAUGGUACUGUUUACAUUUAGGUGCAGGAGCCCCACAAUACAUGAGCUAACAUUCUAUAAGAGGAACAGGAGUUAGAAAAUGCAAGGUGCUGGUACUCAGCUUCAGUGACCUGCCCAAGUCAAACACUGCUUAAAUAUAUGGGUAUGAUGCAAAACUACUUGUUUACUGUUCUAAUUACAUUGCUAAUUAGGUUAUAAUAGCAGUAAGGCACUUUGGGGGUUUGUGGUAUAUGGUUAAAAUACUAUGGCUAAGGGGCUAUAACCAGGGACUCCGCAUUGCAUCAUGCGUAAGAACAAUAAAUCAAAUGUAUUUAUAAAGCCCUUUUUACAUCAGCCAAUGUCACAAAGUGCUAUACAGAGACUCAGCCUAAAACCACAAACUACAAGCAAUGCAGAUUAGAAGCACGAUGGUUAGUAAAAACUCCCUAGAAAGGCCAGAACAUAGGAAGAAACCUAGAGAGGAACCAGGGUCUGAGGGGUGGCCAGUCCUCUUCUGUCUGUAUUGGCCAUAUACCACACACACUCGGGCCUUAUUGCUUAAAUACUGUAUAUUCCUUUCUGCGUGUAGCCAGAAAGAAAAGCUAUCUUUGACUACAUUUCCCAUGAUAACCAGACCCGUGACAGGAAAUCCGUUUCUGAACCAAUGGAAAGCAUUUAGUCAAAACGGCGCUAAAACACGUUAACAGACUGACUCUUUGCCUUUGGUUGCUGAAUUUAUUUAUUUUUGUCAAUUAGCUAUAGCUAGGUAGACAACGUUUUAUUUUAUAGACCACGACAAUAAUACAUCCACAGACUGCACAAGUGGUGUUUCGCGAAAUAACAAGACUAGCCGGUAAUUAUGAAUGCUAAUGUUGAGACGCUAGCCUAGCUGAUGAUGUCCAAUCUUCCUCAAAAUAAUUUGAAGGAACAACUCGAGAGACAUAGCAAUGCUGCUCAGAGAAAACUGUCGUUGUCUAAACCCAAACCAGGGACAUUUUGUUUCAAAAAGAAGUCCACAUCAGGUAUCACCAAGGUGGAAGUUCACACUAAGGUAAACAGCUCAAAUGGUUUAACAAACAGGAGUGUCAAUGUUCCUCAUGAUAAUGCAGUAAUUAAACCUCCUUUGACGUUUUCAACCAAGCCCGAAAGACCUCUCGCCAAAAUCAACUUCUCCUCAGUCAAUCCCAAAAGCAAGUAUGAAGCCAUCAGUCCUGUAUUAACCCCCUUUUCGGGAAGGAAACCCAUCCCAGCUGUGUCUGCUGCAAAGAUCUCUCCUGCUUUGACCAAAUCGGAUAGCUUGAUCACAGGUAGCAAUGGCAGCAAACCCACAGGACUUGAUAGCUCUUUUGGUAUUCCCCUGGACGGAUGGGAUGAUUUUGAUGACUUUGAAACCCCUGUCAAGGGCAAAAGUACUCUACCAAGCCCAGGGAUCUCAGGUAGGUGUGCCAAGGUGACACCUAUUUCCAGUGUUGAACAAUUGGAUACUAACACACACAGAUCAGACAAAUAUGUCCCUCUAGGAGCGCUGAAUACAAAGACCAACAGCCGUCAUAGAAAUAAGUGUAGUCUUGAUGGGACAGAACAAUGUACUCUCACAAUGAAGGACUCACAAGAUGGUUCGGAGUCAGCCAGUACUGCUCCAAGAGACAAUCCCAUCCAGGAUCCAGCAGAGUGGGAGCACUGGGAGGUGGAGGAUUCUCCCAUUAAAAUGGUUAGAAGACGACCUUCCGCUUAUCAAGCCAAGUCUGUGCUGAGUGACAGUGAAGAUGAGAACAUCACUGCACCCGGUCCAGUUGAAAAGAUAGAUCAUCAAAUUAAAUGGAAUGAGACAGAUGUUAUAGACAUUGAUGACAAGUCCGAGCUAGAUGGAGACCUAGAUUUCAUCCCCCCUUCCCCAAGUCCAGAGGAUUUCAGUCAUUCUACUUCUAUAAAGGAAACAAGAUUGAAGUCUGCAGUCCGUAAAGACAUCAUUCCUGAAUCAACAAGAGGGUCAGUGUCGAGCCUGCAAAGAGUGUCUGAUGGUCCUCUCAAAGAAAGAAAAGUCACCAAUCCAAAGUCUGAAGAUCAGCUCUUGAGUAUCAUGGAGUCCAUCUGUGCUCUGGUGGAUUCCAUCCCUGAUCAUGAACUAUUAGGCCUGUCCUGUGGGACAGAGCUCUUACUGCAGCGCGCUCAUAGGAAAAGGAUAAUUGCUACUGGCAGCAGUGACACAUCUUCAAGGACACAACAGCCAGACAGCACUGUCUUGGAAUCCAGAUUCGGUGAAAAGACUACUUUUUCCUUUGCUACUCCAAGUGUCAUGUCUUCCACCACUUGCCUGCCCAAGGGUAAAGGAGAUUCUUCCAUGAAAGCCCUUCCCUUCAGGAGGUCCUCAGUCAUAUCUGUGGACUACGACAGUAGUAUUUUUGAGGACUCUGACUGUAUGAUCAAUGUUCAGACUCCAGGCAUCUCUUGGAGACCCAGCACUCAGGAAAAUCCUAUUUUCACUAGAGACAAGAAGAAAGCAUCCACAACAGGCCAAAGUAAUUGUGACUCUCCAUUGAAUUACGGUAUCUUCAAAAAACAAAUUUGUGAUGUGGCUCAGUCAAAUUUCUUCUCACUGAAGAGCCCGGCAGCUGCUGUACAAAUGACUGGGGAGAGCGGUACACAAGCCUCUGUGGCACAAGCCCCAGCAGUUACGGAGCCAGACGAUUUCUUCAUUGAUGACUUUGACAUAGAUGACUUCAAUGAUUCAGAUAUCACUGACUACUUUGAACCCCCAAGCUCCUCAGCGUCAAGGCAGGACUUGAGUUCUAUCUCUAAAGCGGUGCGUGAGGGAGGACCAAGUACAUCAACAUGGCAGAAGAAACCAGCUACACCAGCUCCUGUGGCCAAGCCUCCUAAAAUCACCUCUCCUGAGCCCACAUACAGAAACCCUGCUCACGAUCGCUUCAGAGGCUUCAACUUCCCCCACUGUCCAGAGAUGAUGAAGAUUUUCCACAAGCGCUUUGGUCUCCAUCAGUUCCGAUUCAAUCAGUUGGAAGCCAUUAAUGCUACGUUGUUAGGUCAAGACACAUUUGUCCUGAUGCCAACAGGAGGGGGUAAAAGUCUUUGCUACCAGCUGCCGGCCUGUGUGUGUGCAGGAGUCACUGUGGUCAUCUCACCACUGAAAUCACUUAUUGUAGACCAGGUCCAGAAACUCACUACACUGGAUAUUCCCGCCACAAGUUUGUCUGGUGAGAAGACUGACAGUGAAGCAGCCAGGAUCUACUUGCAGCUGUCCAAGAAGGACCCCAUAAUUAAAUUGCUCUAUGCAACUCCUGAAAAGGUGUGUGCGAGUGGCAGGAUGAUCAGUGCCCUUCAGAACCUGUAUGAGAGAGGUCUUCUAGCACGCUUUGUCAUUGAUGAGGCUCACUGUGUCAGUCAGUGGGGCCAUGACUUCCGGCCAGACUAUAAGCGGAUGUACGAGCUGCGGCAGAAGUUCCCCAAAGUGCCGAUCAUGGCCCUGACCGCCACUGCCACCCCCCGUGUCCAGAAGGACAUCCUCAAUCAGUUGCAGAUGACCCAGCCUCAGGUGUUUACCAUGAGCUUCAACAGAAACAACCUCAAAUAUGCUGUGUUACCCAAGAAACCCAAGAAGGUAGAUGAGGACUGCAUUGACUGGAUCAAGAAGAAUUAUCCACGUGAUUCUGGCAUUGUGUACUGCCUGUCCCGUAAUGACUGUGACAACAUGGCUGCCAGUCUUCAGAGAGCUGGUAUAUUAGCGCUAGCCUACCAUGCAGGCAUCAAUGACAAAGACAGAGAAUAUGUGCAGACCAAAUGGAUCAAUCAGGAUGGCUGCCAGGUCAUGUGUGCCACCAUAGCCUUCGGCAUGGGCAUCGACAAGCCUGAUGUGCGCUAUGUGAUCCACGCCAGUCUCCCCAAGUCAGUAGAGGGCUACUACCAGGAGUCAGGCAGAGCAGGCAGGGACGGAGAGAUCUCUCACUGCAUCCUCUUCUACUCCUACUCUGACGUCAUCCGCAUCAAGAGAAUCCUCACCAUGGACAAAGAUGGAAACCACCAUACCAAAGCCACUCACUUGAACAAUCUGCACAGUAUGGUACAUUUCUGUGAGAACGUGAUGGACUGCCGAAGGAUACAGUUGCUGGCUUACUUUGGAGAGCACAAGUUCAACCCAGGCUUCUGCAAGGAACACCCUGAUGUCAUAUGUGAUAACUGUGCCAGACCCAAUCAAUACAAAGCAAGAAACGUGACUGAAGAUGUGAAGAAGAUUGUGAGAUUUGUCCAGGAGAAUUGUGAAAAAGUUGGCUCCAGAUACAGCAAAUCUGCGAACCAAAACCGACUGACUCUGAACAUGUUGGUGGACAUUUUCUUGGGUGCUAAAACCGCCCGUGUCCAGUCAGGGAUGUUUGCGAUGGGAAAGGCUUACUCCAAACACAACGCUGACCGGCUGUUCAAGAAGCUGGUUCUGGAUCACCUUCUGGUGGAGGACCUGUACAUCACAGCCAACAGCCAGGCAGUGGCCUACAUCUCUGCUGGACCCAAAGCCAUCAAUGUCCUCGGGGGACACAUGCAGGUGGAGUUCUAUGAGACCGAGAGUGCCUCCAGCAUCAGGAAGCACAAAACUGCUGUGGCCAAGGAUGUCUCCAAGAGCGAGGAGAUGGUCCAGAAGUGUCUGCAGGAGCUCACUGAUCUGUGCAAGAGUUUGGGCAAAGUCUUUGGCAUUCACUAUUACAACAUCUUCUCCACUGCCACCCUGAAGAAGAUAGCCGAGACUCUCUCGGCCGACCCGGAUGUGCUGCUGACGAUUGAUGGUGUGACGGAGGACAAACUGGAGAAGUAUGGAGCAGAUGUCAUCGCUCUUCUGCAGAAAUACUCUGAGUGGAAGCUACCUGUGGAGGAGCAGUCUGACACCACUGAAGGAAGCUCCACUAUGGCAUGGAUAGACACAAGCAGAGGCCGCGGAGACGACGAGGAGGACUGUUAUGAGGACGAUGCUGGAUCUUCCAGUUAUUUCAACAGUAACAACGGCAGAGGAGCGAAAAGGAAAAAGGCCUCCGCCUUCAAGAAAUCCAAAAAGAGAAAAGGAUAUACAAACUCCAACUCUAAAGGGAAGUACAGCAACAAUGGGUCGUGGACAGGGUCCAACUCCAGAGGUGGAUCUAAAGGCCGGGGGUCAGCAGCAGGGCGUGCGUCAGCAGCAGGGCGUGCGUCAGCAGCAGGGCGGGGCUCAAGGCCUUCAGCAGCAGGCCCAGUGGGGAGGAGGCCCGGCUUUAUGGCCCUCCCCACACCACAAACAAACAGCCGGCCAUUCCUCAAACCAGCCUUCUCUGUACUGUAGGAGUAUAACUCCUGGCCAUACCUGGAGUCUAACAGAGGGAUUUUGGAGUAGCAAGGAAACUCCUAGUUAGUAGAGGAUUUGAGACUGGGGUUCAAUUUGAUUCCAAUUUACUUAUAAAUGAUUUACUUGUUUCAUUUUAACUGACGAAUGUGUGUUUCUGUACAGCGUCUUCAAUAGUCUUCAUUUUUUUUCACUGGAUUAUCACUGUUUGUUUGCUUCUUUAGCAGUAUUUCUUAUCCAUUCUGACGUGAAGUUUUCCACUUUUAAUAAAGGCUCAUAAAUUAUUCCUAAAUGUGA